GCGGCGGCAGGAGUUCCCCGACAGCUGGAGGUGGCGGCGGCUCCUCCUCCCCGGGGCCCGGUGCAGGCAGAGCCCCCUCCUUCCCUCCCUCCCUCCCUCCCUCCCCCGCCCGCCCGCCCGCCCGCCCGCGCUCGCUCGCUCGCUCGCUCGCUCCUCCUCAGUGACACAUACACAAAGGGCCGCGCGGCGCGGGGCCGGGCCGGGCUGCGGACGCGUCUGGAGCCGGCAUGGGAGACAAGAAGAGCCCGACCAGGCCGAAGCGGCAGCCGAAACCCUCUUCGGACGAGGGCUACUGGGACUGCAGCGUCUGCACCUUCCGCAACAGCGCCGAGGCCUUCAAGUGCAUGAUGUGCGAUGUGAGGAAGGGCACCUCCACCCGAACCAGGUCUGUUGCCAGAUCUCAAGUAGUGCUGUGGAGGAAACCUCGACCUGUCUCUCAGCUGGUUGCACAACAAGUUACCCAACAGUUUGUGCCCCCUACACAAUCAAAGAAAGAGAAAAAAGACAAAGUAGAAAAGGAAAAAUCUGAAAAGGAAACAGCUAGCAAAAAGAACUGUCAUAAGAAAACCAGGCCAAGAUUGAAAAACGUGGAUCGAAGUAGUGCCCAGCAUUUGGAAGUUACCGUUGGAGAUCUGACAGUCAUUAUAACAGACUUUAAGGAGAAAACUAAGUCACCACCUGCUUCCAGUGCUGCUUCUGCGGAUCAGCAUAGUCAGAGUGGUUCUAGCUCUGACAAUACAGAGAGGGGAAUGUCCAGGUCGUCUUCACCCAGAGGAGAAGCCUCAUCAUUGAAUGGAGAAUCUCAUUAAAAUUUAUUUUCUCCAGUUUCUUUAGUCUCUUCUCUUCAAAACAUGCAAAUAUACAACUUCUGCCAACAAUUACCACAUUUUCAUGACAGAUUACCUAGGCACAAUUAAUAUGUUUAUUGGAAUAAUUUAUGCAGUUUUACAAAAAAUGAAGUGAAGCCAGAGAAUAAAAUAAUUUAAAUGAUAUAUAUGCUGCAUUUAUAUGCUGCAUUUCAGACUAACUUUUUGAUUUUCACAUUUAAAGGUGCCAUGAAAAUGUGGUUUGAAUGUUCAUUAUACAGUGUUAUUGGUAAGUUCAUUUUCACUUUUAGUUUAGUGAAUUCUAACACAAUUUUUGGAUUCUCUACUAUUGGCAUGUACUGAAUUUAAAUUUUUAUAACAUAGUUCAAGCUGCCUAAAUAUGUAUUUGAGAAUUGUGAACCAUAGUUAUAUGUAUGCAAGUCAAAGAUCAACUUAAUCAGCUAUUGCUGCAACAGAAUUUUCAUAAUGAUUAUCUUCUUAAAACACCUGCUGGUACUUGGUGUGGUUAAAUAGGAAAAUGGUUAUUAAAUAAAACAUUUGUAUGAAUUUUUGCCAAUGUUUGACACAUUUUACUAGAUUACUGUUACUGAAUUAUGUUGCUGGUUUUACCAAUCCUCACACUUAAGACACUUACUGUAAUGUUUACAAGUAAAAUAGUAAACAUAUUUGAAGCAUUGAUUGUUUAGCUUUAUAAUUCAGAUACAGUACUACAUUGCAUUUUACACUGGUAUUCUUUGUUUUAUAAUUAACAUAUUGAAUCUCUACAUAAGCAUUUGGCAAAAAGACUGAAGGUAAUUUUAAAAUCUGAAAUUUUGAAAAAGCUUUAAAAAUAACUUAAAAGUGCAGUUCUCAUAUCUGCUCAGUAGUCAUCCCUUGACACAGACUUGCACAGUGUCAUAGUCAAUUUUCAGUUCAGAACAGAAAUAUUAAAUAGUGCACUUGAGUAAGAAAAUAAAUAAUGCUAUUGCUUUAUGUUCAAUUUACUAGAUCUUGAUUUGGCCCUAUAUUUAAUAUUGCAUCAAUCAUAAGAAAAAAAUAACCCUAUUUUCUGGCAUAAACUGUCAAAAUUUAUGCAUUUAGCAAUAUACCAAUAUAGAGCAAAAAUAUUUACAAUCCCAUCUGGUAUUAUGUAAAAUUACCAAUAAAAUAUUUUUAUGAAUACA